UCUGUCUAUUCCGAAGAGCUGUUUUCAUGGGCUUUUCGGCUUUACCGAUUGGCUGUUUACUGUUGCUGUGGCUUUUGGCGUAACUAAUUUUCCUCAUCUGGUGAUUUUGUGUUGCAUACUUAUCCUACCUCGGUCCCUAUCCUAGAAAUUGUUAACCCAUUUUAGAUGCUUUGGAUUCCAUCAUUAUCUUGAUUUACCAUCUAAUCGCUAGGCAAAGUCAACCCAACCCAAUGUGAAGCGUUGCGCAUGGUGAGCUUGCAAGUGAUGGGCAAUCACUUUAUCGUGACCAUGGCUGCUUCCCACGGCCAACUUCAGCUCAACGUUUUCAAACCCAUGAUUGGUUCGAACAUCUUGCAUUCGUGUGCAUUGCUGACUGACGUCGCACAUAGCUUCACCGAACAUUGCAUCCGCGGACUGCAGAUUAAUACCUCUCGCAUUGAGGAGUACGUGCAAAAGUCACUCAUGCUUGUCACCGCAUUGACUCCGCACAUCGGAUAUGAUGAGGCCGCAAAGUUGGCGAAAUAUGCCGGACAGAAUAAGCUGACAUUGAAGGAGGCAGCCGCCCAAUUGAAAUUGGUCGACCCCGAGGAAUUCGAUCGUCUUGUCCACCCGAGAGCCAUGGCCUUUCCGCACGAUGACAAUUAAUCACUUCAUUUUUCCUAGAUGUAUUACUCUCUCUGUCUUCUAAUUUUGUCUCAUUUCCUUGUUGCAUGUUGCGGUUCUCUGCAUGCUCAACAUUUUCUCUAAUGCGCCCAUCGUUUAGUUCCACUUCAUCUUCAUAUCUUUCAACUGAUAGGUUAUUCUAAUCAGCUUAUACGAAGAACACGCAUUGCCAAAGUGUUGUUGACAUACAUUCGUGCUAUCCACCUUUUGAGUUUGUAUAACCCAUAACACCGUUAGGUACCUGUUUAAAUGCACACUUGGGAACUCUCCCUGGAGUCCUUGCGUUGUCAGUUGUUCUGCUACCUCCAAUGUUCGCUAGCCUCUUAAAUACAUCGUUGAACGUUUUCCGGUGCUUGUUACGCGUUUAGGACUUAUUUGUCUUAGUGUACUGAUAGUUUAAUGCCGUUUUAUAUGUAACAAUAUUACCUCAUCAUCUGUUAUCUGACUCUUCCCGUCAUCCUCUGAAUCCU